AAAAUAACCUCUGGCAGCAAAAGGCGAUCUUCGAACUCCUCUCCAUCUCCGGCGAUUGCAUCGACGGUGAGACCCCUUCACCUUGCCAAGGAUACUCCACCUCCAUCUUCUUCGACACUCUUUCCUCUAGGUCAUUCCAACAGAUGUGGACACAUGUGUGGAUCUGCAUAAGUUGGAUAGGCGAGGGGAAGCCUACAGAGGAUUGGUCGCUCAGACAUGUGCGAUACGGCGCUAUAUGGGAGAGGCGAGCGGAGCUUGUUGUAAUUGGGACGUUGACAUUACUCACAUUUGUUUCUGUAGACUACAUGAUAUGGUGCAGAGGGAAAAGUCGUCAAACGAUUUGGCGACUUUCCCCAACCGGAUUAAGCUCAACAGUAGAUCAAUAAAUAUUUUUAACCGAGCAUUAUUUCGAUA